CUGGGCGCUGAGUUUCGGGCGAUACCGAGCGGCGGCCGCCGGGGGCCCUGCGCGUAGCUGGGGUCUUGGGCGUCGCGGGAGGAACUCUGUGCCCCCCUGACCUCCAUGUACCCGUGCGGUUAGGCGAAGGUCUCCUCAAGUGUCAGCUCGUCAGGAUCGUGGGUAGACGCACACCCGAGGGGACGUGCAAGCUUGCUCGACCGACUGAAACUCGGGAAUCGCGUGAGGCAGUGGCAGAAAUGCUGAGCUUCCUGAGAAGAACGCUUGGCCGCCGGUCUAUGCGUAAACAUGCUGAGAGGGAGCGACUCCGAGAGGCACAGCGUGCUGCCACGCACAUUCCUGCAGCUGGAGAUGCCAAGUCCAUCAUCACGUGCAGGGUGUCCCUUCUGGAUGGUACAGAUGUUAGUGUGGACUUGCCGAAAAAAGCCAAAGGACAGGAGUUGUUCGAUCAAAUUAUGUAUCACCUGGACUUGAUUGAAAGUGACUAUUUUGGCCUGAGAUUCAUGGAUUCGGCUCAAGUAGCUCAUUGGUUGGAUGGUACAAAAAGCAUCAAAAAGCAAGUAAAAAUUGGAUCACCCUAUUGUCUUCAUCUUCGGGUUAAGUUUUAUUCCUCGGAACCAAACAAUCUUCGUGAGGAGCUAACCCGGUAUCUAUUUGUUCUGCAGUUAAAACAAGAUAUUCUCAGUGGGAAAUUAGAGUGUCCCUUUGAUACAGCCGUUCAGUUGGCCGCUUAUAAUCUGCAAGCUGAGCUUGGCGACUAUGAUCUCGCUGAACAUAGUCCUGAACUUGUCUCCGAGUUCAGAUUUGUGCCCAUUCAGACCGAAGAGAUGGAGCUGGCUAUUUUUGAGAAAUGGAAGGAAUACAGAGGUCAGACACCAGCACAAGCUGAAACCAAUUAUCUGAAUAAAGCCAAAUGGCUAGAAAUGUAUGGAGUUGAUAUGCAUGUGGUCAAGGCUAGAGAUGGGAAUGACUAUAGCUUGGGACUAACUCCAACAGGAGUCCUUGUUUUUGAAGGAGAAACCAAAAUCGGCUUGUUUUUCUGGCCCAAGAUAACCAGAUUAGAUUUUAAGAAGAAUAAAUUAACUCUGGUGGUUGUGGAAGAUGACGAUCAGGGUAAAGAACAAGAGCACACCUUUGUCUUUAGACUGGAUCAUCCAAAGGCCUGCAAACACUUAUGGAAAUGUGCAGUGGAGCACCACGCCUUCUUCCGUCUCCGAGGACCUGUCCAAAAGAGUUCUCAUCGAUCGGGAUUCAUUCGACUAGGAUCACGAUUUAGAUAUAGUGGGAAAACUGAAUAUCAGACCACAAAAACUAACAAAGCAAGAAGAUCGACCUCCUUUGAAAGAAGGCCCAGCAAGCGAUACUCCCGGCGGACCCUACAGAUGAAAGCAAGCACAACAAAACCUGAAGAUCUUGGUGUUCAUGAUACUUCAACCCAGAAUAAUGACUCCCAACAGGCUUGGGGUGUGAGGUCUCCUGUUCCUGUGAUCCCUUCCUCAACCUCUGGUCCUGUGCUGGUGGAGAUAGAGAAUCUUCCGCAGAAUUCUGCAGCAAACCAACGCGACAGGAAAUGCUUGCCUCUGAAUGUCGAAUUGCUAAAUAGCCCAGACUUACUAGAAACAACCAUUGGUGAUGUAACAAGGACAUCAAAUACAAGGACAUCCCUAGCACCAGAUGACAUUAAUGUAGCCACCAGGUCAAAUGAAUUAGAGGAGCCCAAAGUGGAAUCUGAGACAUUAAAAGAUGACACAGAGAAGCUUAAAGAGCUCGAAAUGGAGCAGAAUAUCUUGCCAUCUCCUCGACCUCCCAUUGACAUUAAUGUCAACAGCCAGGAAGAAGUGGUAAAGUUGACUGAGAAAUGUCUUAAUAAUGCCAUUGAGAGCCCAGGAUUGAAUGCAGUAAGGGUUCCUCCUGACUUCAAGAGCAAUAUUUUGAAGGCUCAAGUAGAAGCAGUGCAUAAGGCUUCAAGAGAAGAUAGUUUAACUCAAAAAAAUGCCAGCAUUCAGGAUGCUGCCACAAACAGCACUAUAAAUGAGGAUGUGCCCCCGAGCAGAGACUCUCCCACUCCAGCGCACGCCACAGCUGCAGACAGUGGGUCUGCACUCAAGGAUGCAACAGAUGAAUUGGAUGCCUUACUUCUUUCUCUAACUGAGAAUUUGAUGGACCACACAGUCACACCUCAGGUGUCUUCGUCAUCCAUGAUCACACCCCGGUGGAUUAUUCCAAGUGCUGCCGUCUCCAACAGGCUCACAGGGUGUGGACCGUCUGUGGCUGGGACCGAAGGGUGUGGUACUAAAGACGGAUUCUCACUCAUCUCCCCCCCAGCACCGUUCUUGGUAGAUGCUGUGACCAGCUCGGCUCCUCUGGCUGAAGACCCAGCCUUGAAGCAGAAGUGCUUGCUGACCACUGAGCUCUGAGGGCUGCUGCUCCCGCUGGAUCUGGAAUGCCCCCACGCUACCCCGUCAGCCCUGGAUCCAGCCCAGUGAGUCCUUUACUUGGAGAAAACCUUCUACCUGGAUUUGACUUCAGCUCCAUGAAGAAAGUAGCUACAUUUUCCGUCCGACUGGAAGUCUACCCCACAUAACUGAAGAUAACCUCCUCUUCCAAUCCCCCAUCAUCGAAAUUCAUUAGUUCCCGCCAAACUCGUGGCUCCACCUAGCGGUCCCAACUGUUUAUAGCAGCCUUUGGCAAGGCUUGCUGUCCAGAGCCCUUUCACUGCCAUUUCCUGUGAUGUCAGGGUGAGCACACCUGACCCGAAAGCCUGCUGGAGAAACGAGUGGCGUUUCCCUGCACCGUCCCUGAAGUGGGAACUUAGGAAGAGAUGGAAACACUGUAGGUGGAUCCCAGGCCAGCUCUCACAGUCGCAGGACUCUAGGGACGCUGAGAGAUGGAGGUUUUAUGUCAGCCACACUCUGUGGCCUGAGCAGUUACUGUCUUACUGCUCUUAGGAACUAUGGAGUGAUCGUCUCCAGCCUUGUGCUCCCCAGACCCCUUUCCUAGAGGAAGGAUCCGCAUCACUCCUGUCUGUAACUUUGCAGCGGGGCAGGGAGCAGGUGUCUGGUCAGAGACCUGAGUCCUCUGCCUGCUGCCUGUGCUGUCCAUGCUGAGCCAGUGGGAAUGCAACCCUAAUUGGCUUACAGCUGUGAAGGUCCGCGCAGCAGCGCUCCAAACCAGGACCUGUUUAGACGCAGCCUCCGGUUCCUUCCCGCGACCGGGCAGACAUGGGGAAUGGUGGCGAGAGGGACCUGGUUCUUGAAGAAUCCACUAGGAAGCUGUGAACAGUGUGGUGAAUGAAGGCAGCCCACAUUAGGGUUUUGUAUCUGCUUUAAAGUUCUCUCGAAUUCCAUACUCUCUGUACCCAAAGAAGUUCUGGUGUUGAAGUGGUACGUGCUCACCGUGGAAAAGUGUAUGGAUAUGGACCUGAGCCAGCACAGAAAAUGACACUAAAGUAGCUCAGAUGUGUGGGCUGGAAGAUGAGCACCUCAGCUGCCAUGGGGACUGGGGAAGCCACUGGUGUUGCCCUCUCACCAAGCACCGAUGUUAUCUGGUUUCUGCCUGUCAUGUGACGUGUGUAUGGUUGAGCACUCAUUCUUCUCAGCUAAGAGAACAUCCAGCUCUGUGGUUCAGAUGCUGUGAUCUGGACUACCCUGGCUUCCCCAUUGCAUAUUGUGUGUUCAGGGAGCUUGGGGAUUCGGCCUUACAGUUUUGAGGGGAGCUGGGCAGUUAGAAAGCACUUUUGCGAAAGGAGACAGAACUGCCCUUCUUGCUGGCUGGCUCCCCUUAGCCAGUAGGCGGCUCGUGCAUUUCCCUGGCAGUGUUUUGCCAGUCCUCAGUAUUAAGACAUUCUUCACAGUGUGGGACCUAGAACCCGGGGCUUGCUCCAGGACACUGGGCUGGGUCCUGGGCGGCCUACAUAGUCUGCUGUGCUGCUAACCACACAAUGGCUAAGGCAUGGUGGCUUAGAAGUCCUACGUGUCUCAUCCUGUGUGGGAUCAAGCACUGUCCUUUCAAGACAGAGUAGCUGAAAGUACCCCGUAACAUCUGUGUCUCCAGGUACCUGAAUUCUUGCAGAGUAUUGCUAGGGACUUUGUUAGGGGUCACUUGGAUCUCCAGUGAAAAGAAAUCCUCUGUCCUAGUGUCGAGUCUUAAGUUAGAACUAACGCUUGAGUGAUGCAUUUGCCCUGACGUCAGACGCACGUCAGACUUUUCAGAGGGUGUUCUGCCCCUCUGAAAGGGCAGCGGUCUAUCGUGACAGACCCGGGGGCACCUGGAAGUGGUAGGUGGGAGUAUGUGAAGCUGUCAAGAAUGGGUAGAGUGAGGCGGAGGUGACAGCUGGGUAGGAAGGGGCAGUUGCCAGUGCUGUACCUUUAUGUCACACUGGAGCUAGUGCCCAGAGUUGCCCUUCCGUGCCCAGGGAGCAGCCAGACAAAGUGCCUGGGGUCAGUAAGAUGUGAAAUUAGAGUUAGCAGUCCUAGACUCCACCUCAGCUCUGGAAAGGAGUCUGUCUGUCCAUGUGAAUAUGUAAAUGAUCUGGAGACCAGCAGCCCUCUCCACACGGGCGGCACUCCCGGCUGUCUCUCCUGAUCCUCAGGAGGCUGCUGGACAGAGCCAGGAGCAGACUCCUUAGCAUCUUACAUUGCUUUGAGAAAAAUUCUUGUGGAAACAUUCUUUCUGUGUCCUGCUGUGGUGGGUACUUCCUUUGCACAGGCUCAGGCGCCCUGGGUGUGUCUGCGGAUGAGACCUCUGAGCUGUUUCUAGGAUCUACUUACUGCUUGCUCUUCCUCCCAUUUCUGGCUAAAACUUGGACCUCUCUUCUCUUAACUGAGUCCCAGGAAGUCUUGUCGUUUGCAAGAUUGUAUAGUCGCUCAACUGGUGAAAAACUUGGAGUUUUUUGUUUGUUUUAUGCUUUGGGUGUUUUUUGUUUUAUUUUUUUUUUUCAGACAGGGUUUCUCUGUGUAGCUCUGGCUGUCUGAACCCCCUCCAUAGACCAGGCUUGUCUGGAACUCAGAGAUCUGCCUGCCUCAGCCUCCCAAAUGCUGGGAUUAAGGGCAAGCUCCACUGCCACCCAGCAACUUGGCUGUUUUCUAAGCAAGGGUUUUAAGGAACAAAAUCCUUGUCUUCUCAUUUAGCAAGUAUCAUUUACUCAUUUGUUGUUUUACUUUGUUCUGCUGUUUUGAGACAGAGUCUCGGUGUGUAGCCCAGGGUGGUCUUGAACUCACAGGAGUUCUCCUGUCUCACUUUCCAAGUACAGGAAUUUCAGUCAUGAACCGCCAGACCUAGCGUAUGUUGUACUGACAAGGUUUUGGUUGGUUGGUUUUGGGUUUUGAGUUGCUAGGGACCAAAACCAGGACCUUGGACUGAGAGUGGCAGCACCUGCCUAUAACCCCAGCACUCAGCAGGCAGAGGCGGGUGGAUCUCUGUGAGCUGCAGGCAGACCAAGGCCUGAGGCCCUUGUCUCACUCCGCCCCUGAUCCAGAGCUGGAGACCACAAACCGUUCACCACUGUGCUGCUGCUGCUGCUGCUGCUGCUGCCCAGCACCACCAGGGCCAGUGCCCGGGAGCAUAGCUGUGCCCACUAAAGCUUGUUUAUAACCAAGCUCCAAGCCAGUGCUUCUCAACCUGUGGGUCACCACCCCUUUGGGGGCCACAUAUCCGAUAUCCUACAUAUCAGAUACUGACAUUGUGAUUCAUAACAGUAGCAAACUUACAGUUAUGAAGUAGCAACUAAAUAAUUUUGUAGCUGGGGUCACUGUAACAGGAAGGGUCACAGCAUUAGGAAGGUUGGGAACCGCCGCAAGUGCUGCUCCCCGGCUCUGAGAGCAGUGGAGUACUGCUUGUCCGUGAAGCUGCAAGGUGAGACCAGGUCUCAGCCGCGAGAGUCUCGGUGCGUUCCUGUUAAUCCAUCUCUUGGCCAUGGAGUUGACUGAACUCGGAUACACGUGUGUAAUAAAGAAUGCAUGUUUAUAGAUCAUUUGUACCUUUUACUGGAAAAAAAUACCUGAGUUUGUGGGCAGUCAGGAUGGACUCUUUGGAAACACCCCUGUGCUGCCAGGAUGGGGGAGCUCGGUUUGCGCUGGGGGAACUUGUCCUGAGCUGAGUUCUGCUGUGGUUCAGAGUUCUUGCUGGAGACUUGCUGGUGGGGCUGCAGUCCUUCCUCUCAUUGCAUUGUGGGGGGUGAUACCCGCUAAUUCUCAGGAUUUCUUCUUAUCAGAGGAGUGUGUGUGUGAGAGAGAGUCUGUGUUAUGUUGUGAGUGUGUAUGUAUGUGUGUAUGUGUUUGAGAGAGAGAGUCUGUGUUGUUUGUGUGUGAGAGUCUGUGUGUGAGAGAGUGUAUGCGUGUGUAUGCGUGUGUGUAUGUGUGUGUGUGUGUCUUUUCAUGGAGCCCUUUGCUCUCCUGGUUUUCACAUCUGGAUACAGUAGAUGGUUAUGAGAACUCUCACCAACUAUUUUGUGUUUACUUUUCUACAUGGUAAGCUCUGCAGUAGCUUUGAAACUGUAAUUUAUUUUUGUAUGAGGUACACUAUAUUCAGUGAAUCCCCAUUGUAUAUGGCUUGUGUUAGAAGCACUACCCUGAACUGUGAGUAGUCUGUACACUGAACACGAUCUAUAGACAUGACCCAUUCAAAUAAA